ACUGCCCGCCUGGCUGGCUGACUGUGUGUGCGCCUGUAGCCCCCCUCUCACCGGCCAUACACACACACACACACACACACGCACACGCACACACGUUUUCUGCCAUCCACACACACCCACAGCAGAUCAGUUCAGGCAGCGCUCAGACCGCUAAACUGUGUCGCUCCCUCCAAGUGGAAGCAAGGACCAAAAGAGAUUGGAGAAAGAAGGAGAAGAAGAAGAAGAAGGGGACACAUUUUGAAACUUUUUAAGAUCUUUUCAAAAAACGUUGCUUUUUUUUCUCUGGAGGAGGUUGACAUGACAAUGACCCGCUUUCGCCGAUGGAUUUGGUAGGACACCCGCUUUCCGAGUGUUUUUUCAUGCACUCUGAACAAGAGUAGAAUGAACUUAUCGAAGGGCCCACUGGUGAACAGCAGCACUGACGACAGCUCCAAGUCGACGUACGUUAAAUGCGGCGCUGGCGCCUGGAGGAUGCACCAGAGCUACGAGCCCCUCGAGGCCAACCACAUGAGAGACCCACAUGCCCUCUACAACCCAAGGCUUCUCUGCAGAAUGUCCAGUAAGGAGCGCCACCUAGAGUCAAACUGUCCGUCCUCGUAUAUAAAGACUGAGCCAUCUAGCCCCGCUUCUCUGACCGACAGUCUAAACCACCACUCCCCCGGCGGCUCCAGUGACGCGUCAGGCUCCUAUUCGUCCACCAUGAACGGCCACCCCAACGGUUUGGACUCCCCAAGUCUCUAUGGCUCCGGCGCAGGGCCCCUGGGUCCCGCCGGCGGUCCCGGAUCAAAGCGCUAUGAGGACUGUUCGUCAACGAUUGGGGAAGAUUCGCAGAUAAAGUGCGAAUACAUGUUGAAUUCCAUGCCAAAGAGGCUGUGUCUGGUGUGCGGGGACAUUGCUUCCGGCUACCACUAUGGUGUGGCAUCAUGCGAGGCCUGCAAGGCCUUCUUCAAACGCACCAUUCAAGGCAACAUCGAAUACAGCUGUCCAGCCACCAACGAGUGUGAAAUCACCAAGAGGAGACGCAAGUCGUGCCAAGCCUGCCGCUUCAUGAAGUGUCUGACUGUGGGCAUGCUGAGGGAGGGUGUUCGUUUGGACAGGGUUCGCGGUGGAAGACAGAAGUAUAAACGCCGGAUAGAUGCAGACAACAGUCCUUACCUGAACCCUCAGCUGGCUCUGCCCGCCAAGAAGCCAUUUGCCUUUGGCUGCCUUGCAGAUAACAAAAUCGUCUCUCACCUACUGGUGGCCGAGCCAGAGAAGAUCUACGCCAUGCCCGACCCGACAGUACCAGACAGCGACAUCAAGGCCCUGACAACGCUGUGCGACCUGGCCGACAGGGAGCUGGUGGUCAACAUCGGCUGGGCCAAGCACAUCCCGGGUUUCUCCACACUGUCUCUAGCAGACCAGAUGAGUCUACUGCAGAGCGCAUGGAUGGAGAUCUUGAUCCUACGUGUUGUGUACCGCUCGCUUUCCUUCGAAGACAAGCUGGUGUACGCUGAGGAUUAUAUCAUGGACGAGGACCAGUCAAAACUGGCCGGACUCCUCGACCUGAACAAUGCCAUCCUGCAGCUGGUCAAGAAGUAUAAAACAAUGAAGCUGGACAAGGAGGAAUUUGUCACUCUGAAGGCCAUCGCUUUGGCUAACUCAGACUCAAUGCACAUUGAGGAUGUGGAUGCAGUGCAGAAGCUCCAAGACGUGCUCCACGAGGCCCUGCAGGACUACGAGGCUUCCCAGCACCAGGAGGACCCCCGGCGGACGGGCAAGCUGCUCAUGACCCUGCCCCUUCUCCGUCAGACCUCCACCAAGGCCGUGCAGCACUUCUACAGCAUCAAGCAGGACGGAAAAGUGCCCAUGCACAAACUGUUCCUGGAGCUGCUGGAGGCCAAAGUGUGAAGGCGGAAAGUCCAGACAACUCUCCGUCUUUUACACGCCAAUACACACACACACACACGCACCCAAACACACACAAUAAUAUGCCCCUUAAGUACGCCACUAUGACUCAUCAAGUAAGCUACUCCUCUUACCUUAAACCUAUGCUGUCUAAGAUUUGAACGAAAAGGCUCAGUUGACCUUUUUGAUAGGCGAGGUGGAGCUGACUGAUAUGACCCCGCCCCCUGUAAAGGGAAAGAAGAAGACACUUACUCCCGUUGUUAUUGUGUGUGCAAAAACACUGACAGUGACACUCACAUAUGUAUUUAAUGAUGACAUUAUUAAUAAGAACAUGCUCAAAUGAGGACACGUUCAAAAGAAAAAAGUUCAAAGGACCGAUGAGACUUUUCCCCCUUGCCCCACCAUAUAAUUUUGUAAGUGUUUAAGAAGAUAAAGGGAAAAAAACUAAAGAAGUAUUGAAGACAUUUAUGUGUACAUUGACAUCUGGAUGGACAAAGAAGAAGAUGAUGAGGAGGAGAUUUGCCCGCCUAAAGAUGGAGCACUUCCAUUCAGCAGAUGCCAGCAACUUUAUGCCAUUACCCCAAAUUCUCUAGCUUUUUUUUUCUUUCUUUCUUUAAUCCAAGGCCCUGGACUGGUGUUCUCUUCUGUUAGUGAUUCAAAAGUUCCAGCAGGGAGCAGACAUGUCUAAGAAUUGAAGUUGGAAUUGGUUGCUGUAAACAUUUACGAAAUUUAGGACCUGGUUUCCCAAAAAGCCACCUACUUGUGGCACUUUUUUGAAACUUUCUGAAGCUGAAGAUAUUGUCAGACUUUUGCUGCAAUUGAGGAGUUUAAUGUUAUCAAAAUGUCAUUUUUCCACUGCACAGUAUCGGCUCAGCUCUGUUUUUACCGUUUCAAGUUAAGCUUUCAGCAAUGAAAACCAAUGUCUUGUUAUACGAUGCGUUAAACAUGCACUGAAGCCUUCAGUCGAAACGAGACAAGGUAACAAAAAGGAGACAAAAAUCGCAUUCAAGUGGAGACUGAGGGCAGCAAGAAAAUGGAGUGCGACAGCAAAGUCGAGAUUGUGGCGUAGGGAAACAAUGAAUUGAAUAAAACAAAAAGUUGAAGCGAGAUCUCUGCUUCCAAGCUUUGCAGUACAAAUUUUUCCACACAGAUUGUUUCUGUAGAUUCCACGCACCACUCUAUGUAGAAAUAAUUUGGCAGUAAGCUAGGAGGAAAGAGUCCAAAAAGUGUUUUACACUUAAAAAAAAGAUCUAAUGCGAUGUGUCCACUGCCGUGCAGACUAACGUAGCACAACAGCACAUCUAGUGCUAACACAAGCUAUUGAUGUUAGCUAAGUUAAUACAACAUAUCACCGUGUAUUGUAAUGUCCCCACAAGUGGUCAUGGAUCGACACAGCCACCCAUGCAUUUUCAAUCGCUUGAUCUAACAAACGCUAACAAAAUAAACACAUAAUAAGCAUUUUCAUAUAUGAGAUGCUGUGACCACAAUUGACACCGGCAUUUAACGCGCAGACUGGCUAACAGGUAGCCAGUUAACAGAGAGUCGCUAACCUGAGCUCACAUCAGCUCACUGUACACUCUCAUCCGCUGACUCGCACGUCACUCCAGGUCAGGCCCCGCAGGUCACAGAUAUGAAUUAAAGUGUGGAUCAUGAGGAUGGUGAACCCAAGUGGACAACAAUCAUGCCUGGACCUCACAUGCACAUUUUGUUGUUGAACAAUGCAUAAUCAAUUUCUAUCUGAUUAAUUGAUGGGCAAAUCGGUAGACUAAUCGAAUAUUGAGCAUCAAUAGCGAGUAGAGGCGUGUGAGCUGAGUCGGUACCAUGCUGUGCAAAAAUCUCAAACGGUCCGACAACGCUUCAUGUUGUCCACUUGUGUUUGUCAGGCUGCAGUAUUUUCAACGCUGUACAGCUCAACACCUCGCCCACACGUCACUCUUUGAAUGUGCCAUUGAGAUAUCCGAGAGGCACCUCAGUGCUUCCCUCCUUGCUCAGCUUCCUUCACAAGCUCCACAAGAUCAUCUUAACAAGAUGCCCUCAGAGCAGACGUUCCACGCGUGUGACGGGCCGCUAUCAAGACCGAAGGUGACUGAAGUGUUGCUUUAUUUUUAUUUCUUGGCAUCUAUCUCGAAAUAAUUGUAGCUAAGGUACCAAUAUUUGACUUGUAAAUAACAGUCAUCCUGUAUAUGAUGUAUAACAGCAGCUUUGUUUUUCUUUCUCUCCUUAAACCCAAAACAACACUUUCCUGUACCAGCUUGACCACUCUCCGUGGUUAUCAUGUGUGUAUAAAUUUAACAACUUAUCAUGUAUUAACAAAUCAAAGUUUAUCUUAGGAGCUUCCAAGCAAGAGUGCAUUCACAAGGAGGGUGCAAGGAUGGAGUGUAGGGAGAAUAUGUAGCUUUGUUGUCUUUUUGUUAUUAAUCAAAUGUAGCAGACAUACAAUUGUAGCAUGGAGGAGAAUCACGAUGAACAUCAACACAAGCCGAAGUCAAACUUAGCAACAUAAAACAUACACUACUGAUGUUUGCACCUUGUCAUGUGACCAAGCGCAACAUUUAGGUUUUUUUUCUCAUUUUCUCCAAAGCCAAGUAGACGAGCAUAGGGACCACGAAAGCCAUGUUUCCACCAUGUGCUACACUUCACUUCAGUUUGGAACUGUCAAGUGUGGAUUUCUCUGCCUUUCUUCGGGAGAUCUACUCUGUAUUAGGGUUUGCACCUCUAAAGAGUUUCUGAAGUCGACCAUAGUGUGAGGAAUCUUAGUUGAAGUUGUUUCGUCUUUGAUAUUUGUUCAGCACAAUACGACGGUCCCCAACCUUUUUGGUGCCACGGAGCGGUUUCACGUAAAGAUAUGUUUCGACGGACAGGCAGAGAAAGAAAUAAAAACAAAUGACUAUAAAUACCACUCACCGUUAGGCUAAUUGUAGUUAAUUAGUGGGAGUCCUGCACAUGCUUCUCUUACUCAAAGCAGCCGGUCUCGUCAGAAUGCUUUUAAUAUCACACACACAACUGCGGCGAUAUCCUGUUUUCGCUGGGUUCUGAAUAAAAAGCAAAGGCAUCUUGAUGCUGGAUUUUCUGUUGUGACUCUGAUAGAGUGGUUUUGCAGAAUUUCUGUAUGGAAACUGACAGAACUGUAGCGCCUGAUGGAAAUGAGGCAUAAAUGCAUACAAAUGCAAAAUUGAGCAAUGGAAAUUGGCGCAUCAUCAUACUUAAACACACACACUGAUUUUGCCUGGUUUGUUAUCCCACUUCCUGUUUUAAGUGCAAUCAGUCUGACUGACUAAAAUGAAAAAACACUUUCAUUCACUUUGUAUUAGCAAAGUUGUAUUUUCUUCACAUACAACCUUAACCCACAGCAAGGUUUGAUCACUCAUCAUAGCUUUAACAGUUGGGAAUUAAAAUAAAAAAAUGAUAAUAUAUCCAUCCAUCCAUCCAUUUUCUGAGCCGCUUCUCCUCACUAGGGUCGCGGGCGUGCUGGAGCCAAUCCCAGCUAUCAUCGGGCAGGAGGCGGGGUACACCCUGAACUGGUUGCCAGCCAAUCGCAGAUGAUAAUAUAUAUAUAAUUAUGUAUGUAAUUUGUAAAGCUGCAUAAGAAUGCCAAAUGUUUAUCCAACCUACUAGAAGCUGGCAGCUGAGGAGUUAAGUGUAGUCCAUCUCUAACAUCGCUCGCAAAAACAUCAUGAAACAUCAUUAGGGGCUAUUUUCUCAGCCUUCGUUAGCGUUGUAUAUUGUAAAUAAAGACAGAUUACAAUUCUAACAUAAGACAUUUUAUUGGAAACAAAAGAUUUUAAAAACACCCGAAAAAUGUAGCUCAACCUCGAUGUAAGUUUCAUGUUCACCAUUUUUUCUACGGAGGAAAAAAACUUUCUCAAGUCUUCCUUAUUUUUUGGCUCCGCCCCUCUUGCCCUAAGCACUCGGAGGCGUGCCUGUGUGCUUUCCUUGUGCCGACUACUGUCCUCGUGCCGUGUGCUUCCCACUUCUUUAUCCAGCACACAGUAGAGACUACAGGCCAUGUGGUCUGGCUUCUGGAUCAGUACGCUGAGGCAAAGAACUCUUCUAGGGUUAAAUCGCAGCACUCAUCUCUACCCGACUACACAUACUUAAUGAAUUAUUUAGUAUCUAAAUGAUAAACACAAGUAUUUAAAGGGGAGGGUCAUUUGUGUAACUUUCCUGUAGAACAACCAAUAUUCUGUAUAUCGUUUAAGUUUGAAUAAGACUGAAUGACAGGGGCGACGUUUCAGAACCUUUUGAUAAGCUCGCUGUACAUACAUAACUACCUUCCACGCAGCAUGACAACAGCUCAAUCAUUUUGUCCAUUUUCUUGAAAUAAUUUUCAGAUUUGUUUAGCUUUUAUUAAUUAAAAAGGAAGAGUAAAAGCCCUAAACUCUUUCAAUUAUUGUUGUUUGAGACAUUAUGUCUCUAAUGUCUAUAAAGUUCAACAUGUCAUGUAAAAGUACACUAUUGAUUUUUCUUAUACAAUAAGACAAAAGGUGCUUUUAAAUAUAAUGAGUUUAAUGUUAAAUUGUCGCAUGUCAAAGUAAACACGUGCACUUGAUUUGACUUGAUUCAGUUGUUUAAAAGCAGCAAUAUCUAAAAAUCGAAAACGGCACAUACUUGUAUCAUCGGCCAGUUCAGUUGAUUGCAAAGUUUUAAGACAUCACAGUUAAAUGCAUCAAUAUGCAGGAUGUUUUGACAUUUCAUUUUUAGAAGCAAUAUUUUGUUGACUGAAUUCUUGACAAGUUGCACUUGUGAUGAAUUAUUUGAGUAUAGAGCCCAUAAAUGUGGACAAAGUGUUAUUUUCCAUGAGGUGCAAUGGGAAAAGGAGUGGAGUGUUUUGACCUGCUUGCACCGUAAGCAGCAUGUUGUUGUUUUUUUUCAUCUGUCACUAAGAUCCAUUAGCUGCAAAUAUUGUAUGUAAGCCAACUAUGACUUGUGUAGCUGAAGCAGCAAAGGAUUGUCCAUCCCAGCUCAACAGUCAUUUAGUUGUAUUUAAAUAUAGCAGCCACCUGUGCUGCAUUCAUGGGCGAGAGAGAGAGUUUGGAUUAUAACAUUUGGAGGGGGAAAAAAAAAAAAAGACCCUUGCCUUGUGAAGAGUUCUGGGUGAAGGGAGAGAGACCCUGUAUUGUUAUUCAAAACAUGUUCGUAGAUUUUAGAUGUGCUUCACAUCAGAAAAUGAAAAAGGAAAAAAAAAAAACUACCUGUAUAUUUUUGUGAUGUGUAUCAUACAAGUGUGCUCCAAUGAUAAUGUCCAUUUGUGUAAAUGUAUUUCACACUGUAUAUAUUGUUCAAUGCAAAAAGAGAGACCUAUGAUUCUGUAAGUUAAACGACUAUUGUUUGAAACAUUACGUGUUACUCCAGACUAUGCCUUUCAGGAUUAUUACAGUAGAGCAAUAUCGAUUAAAA